UGUGUUGUUCCAUGUAGAAGUACUCAUCGGUUAGAUCUGAUGUAUCUUCCACGUUUCUUCUACAUACAUGCUUAGAUAUAUCUGUGGCCACUAAUGACAAGGCGAUAGCAACCGCAAAAACUGGAAUGGACCUGAUAUAUUCUGUGGGCACAAUCUCUGCAAGCUCAAGGAGAAAUAAGAAUGCAUCAAAGGUGGAAAGGGCGCUGGGUGCUGAGAACUUGUGUCAGAUCUCAUCUGGCAACGUGAUAGCCUUUAGUGCGUGCGGAGGACCGGAGGAUGGACUGGACGUAGCGUCGCGAGGAUACCACGUGUUCGUGGCGGAUCUGAACACCCCAUGGGAUAUACACAGGGUGUGGAGCGGCGGCUCGCCGGUCAGCUGUCUGGAGUGGGACGCGGCCGGCACGCGGCUGCUGCUGGGCCACUCGGACGGCCUGCUCCAGCUGCUCGAGAGCUGCGGGCACGUCAUCAACAGCUGGCGCUGCCUGCAUUCAGUCCGCGUGGAGAACGAAGAGAUCAUCCAGGCCAUCUUCUUCCACAACGGCAAAAAGAUAUCCAUUUCGGCGGAAAAGAAGGACAGCUUUCUGUACAACGACAAGUUCCAGAACACGCUGUUCAGUCCAACGCUGCGUCGCUUCGGAGGGCGCCCCGCCGAUGGGUUCAUUGGUCUGACGUCAACAGGUCUGUUGGCUGUGUGCUCGCUCAAUGGAAACGGCGUUGAAGCGUCAUACAAGAAGUGCGAGCUUUCUCAGCGGCGCAAUUUUAUCCACCUGGCCAGUAUGGCCUAUUCAAAAAACGGCGGCGUGGUGGUGGCCUGCUCGUCGGGCCUGCCGGACGCGCCCGUCACCUGCCACCAGAUCAGCCUGCAGCAGAGCCUCGCAGAGCUCAUGGUCGACGUGCAGCAGCUGCCCAGCGUGUACAUGGACUGCGGCGCGCAGUCCGACUCAGCCAUGCUGGCCGUCACAUGCCUGCGCCACCUGCACAAGGAGGACGGCGGCCAGCUGCUGGUGGGCGCCUCGGGCGACGCCGGUGGCGUGCUGGAGCUGUGGCAGCUGGGUGAAAUGCCCGUCAACUUUGGCCAGGUGUUCCAGCGUGGGGCCAGCGUCGAGCCGCGCGUGCAGACGUGGAUCAAGUCUGGCUCGCACAUGACGCCGCGGCCGCUGGCAGCCGUGGCUACGGCUCGCGUCUGCCUGCAGGACGGCGGCCUGCCGGCGCCGCCCAUCGUCGUGGUGACGGCCGACGGCGGCAUCAGCAGCCUCCACCGCGACUCCAUGACGCAGGUGGGGCUGACGGACGUGGCCCUCAGCGCCGCCGGACACCUGGCGGCCGCCGUCGACGACCACGGCCAGCUGUUCCUGUACCGCGCCGCCGGCGCCGCCGACCCCGGCGGGCUGUCGGUGCCCUCCUCGCUGGUGCUGCAGCUGGAGUACUACAUGGUGACGGGCCGGGACGUGUGGGACCUGCUGCUCGGCCUGCGCGCCCACCUGGGCUCCCUCGAGGCCGUCUGCGAGACGCUCGCCGACACAUUCCACCGCCAGCCGGGGCCCGUGCAGCAGUUUUAUUACGUCCGGCACAUGGCCAUCAAGACGUCUCUGUACAGGCUGUUCCCGGCCGGCUGCCGGCGCCUGGCUGACAACAACGCGCUGCUGAUGCUGCGCUGCGUGGCCUCGUCGUUCCGAGCGCUGCUGCGGCCGGGCGAGCCCUCGCCCGCCGCCGAUGCCGACCCCAGCGAGACGCUCAACGCGCUCAUGACCAGCAAGCCGGUGGAGAGCGUGCUGGAGAUCGACAAGGUGCUGGCGCACCUGAAGGAGCGCGAUCCGGGCUCGGUGGACCUGGGCUCGCUGGCGCAGCUGCAGCACCUGGUGCAGUGGGUGGCCGACAUCUGCCUCCAGCUGCUCGGCUCGCUGACGGACGGGCGGCAAAAGCAGGUGGGCGCGCUGCGCGAGCGCCAGAGCUUGCUGCUGCUACGCGAGCUGCUGGUGGUGAUCCGGCGCUGGGGCUCGGUGCGCGCCGCCUGCCUGCCUGUCUUCCAGCGGCACGGCGAGCAAGCCGACGUGAUCGCCGUGCUCUUCAAGCUGCUCACCAAGCUGCUGGCCGUGCACGCGGCCGAGCCCGACGAGGCCCUGCUCAAUGAGUGCUCGCUGCUUCCGUCACCGGGCCUCGCCGAACACCUGACGCUCGACCUGCCACCUCGCGGCGUCCUGGUGACCUGCACGGCCCCCAACACCUCACCUCGACACUACGAGUACUACGACGCGGACGCGGCCGAGGGGCACGUGACGCACCGCCGCCACCAGGACCUGUACACGGUGGACUCGCUGCGGCACAUGCGACUGGGCGCGCGGCCCAGCAACCUCAAACAGUGCACGAGAUGUCUGGCGGUGACGUCAUCGCGGUCGCAGCAACAGCUGUCGCAGGUGAAGACGACGCCGGUGACGCGCGCCUGGGAUCAGCGCUGGGCGCGCGCCUGCCUCUGCGGCGGCCACUGGGCCCUGCAGGCGGCCGGCUGAGCGUGGCGCGCGGCCCAGCCCGGCGGAGCCCGAAGCGCCGCUCCCCUCAGCUGUGGCCUGUGGCGAUGUGGCGGCGCGACCGCGCGCGCACGACGCCGGUAGCGCCGACGUUCGGAGCUGCAGUGUGCGCUGGAGGGAAGGACUCCGGCAUGCGGCGGGCGUCGGUGUGCCGCGGUCGGAGCUGCACGGCGUGCCCCUGACAGGACUCCGGCAUGCGGCGGGUGUCAGGUGUACCGCGGUCGGAACCGCACAACGUGCCCUGGACGGAGGGACUUCAACAUGCGGCGGGUGUCGGAGAUGUGCCGUGGUCGGCGCGCCAUCCGACCGCCGGCUUCAGUGUGUCUCAGGCCUGCAGAUGACUUCGCUCAGCCAAAGGUCGCUCGCGUCGUGGUUGCAUGCCUGAAUGGUGUCGCGCGUGGCGUUUGGCAUAGGCGCGGCGCAACACACGGCAGUUUUGGUCUCUGUACGCUUUGUUCAACAAGCAGUUCGCUCCGUAUUUUAUUAAGAUAAUAAAAAGCGACAACGUA